UUCAACAAGACAGCCAGCUUUUUGUCACCUCUGCUGGAGUUCCUGGGCAGGAGCGGGUACACUGACCGUGCACCUGAGCCGUACCGUCAUCUCCUAACUGAGCUGUCCAAGUCGUCACCAAUGUGUGCUUUGCUGCAUCCCUGUGACGACCUGGACCAACUCAUCGAAGACCUACACAAUGUGAGGCCAGGGGACCUCACGAACCACACUAAUACAUUGCGCCGGCUGCAUUUACACUGCCCCCUACUGUGGCAGCUAGUGGCAGAACUGGGCUGUAUGAAGGAGGAGAUUCUGCCCCUUGUACAGCAGAUGUAUAUGGUGGCCAAACAGGCAUUCAUCAGCCAAAAAGAGGGAGCACAAGGCACCUGAGAAAAACCUCCAGUGUUUUCCCCACCUCCCCAUGAAAAGGCCAAGGGGGAGGUUUCUCUUGGAUACUGUCAGAAAGCCGGAGGGUCCUGCUGAUGGGUGCAGGAAGUAUUCAGGUCACCACUCUACCCUGAUCCCAGGACUUUUUACUCUUUUCUGCGGCCAUGGAGUGUGUUAUGGAUUCUCAGUCAUGGAGAGCAGUGAAUCUGUAAACAUCCCCUUCACCAUCUUGAGGACCAGAUUCCAGACAGGCGUUGUUAUUUACGACAAUGCGUACAAACUUCACAGUAAUGCUUUAAAAAGGGAUCCGGAAUUCUUCAAAACGACCUGGUUCCUUGUAGACCGACUGCAUUGGAGAAAUCACUCUGGAUGCAACUGUGGAUAUAAUGCGGACCUGUACCCACAGUUCUCUGGUGUGAACACUCAAAUAGCUGAGCAGUUCAACUCCAGAUUGAAGAGGUUGAAAUACCAUCUACCCUACAUGUCCCCUUGGAAAAACAUCCAUUGUUCCAAAGCAGCAGCAACCCUGUUCAAGAGACAUCGAUUGAGAGAGAAGGAGGCAGAACCUCCCAUUCAUGCAAGUAUAGACCUCAGAGGGGACGAACUUGAUGGAGAUGAUGAACUCUCUGAGGAGCAAAAAGAAGAAAUCAGCACCCUCGCAAUGUCCUGGGACCUACCUCCCGUGUCCACAGUAAACAGAAAAUGGUUGUACCAGAAAGUUCUCAAACAUGCGAACUAA